GUCAUUUGGCGCUUCCUUGAACUGCGAGGCUUCCUGAUUACCUCCCAUACGCACUCACAUCUGGCACGGGCGAUGUACAACGCUAUCCGGAAUGCGCGCGUCAACGACAAAUUCCAGGAGCCCUUGUACCUCUUCUUGGAGCUGGUCAGGGCCGGCGUCAUGCACGGCCACCUCUGGACGAUUGGUGCUUCCAGCGGCGGACCGUCCUUCGGCACUGCCGAGGAGAAAUCUUCUAUGCUCCUGGUCAUGCGCGUCCUGAGCAUCGUUCCCCUUGGCUUCAAGGCCCAAGCAUGGUCAGCUCCGCUAUCGCGAGAACUGUUGGUCUUCAACUCAUUCGUGCGGUCGCUCACGCGUGCUUUGCGGACGUUGCUGGAGACGACUUCGCUGAACAUGCUGCUGCGGCACGAUGCGCGUCGUCACCCGCGUGAUGAUCUGCUCGAUAUCGCUCUGUCCUUGCCGUUCCAGACCGAAGCAAACACCGGGUUCGGUGUGCUGGCGAAGGUGUACCUGGACGCGCUGAUCUACAUGAACAACCACCAGAGGGUAACCGACCCGAACGCGGAGGGUGUCAAGGAGAUGAAGGAGACGGCGCUCGACCUCUGCGUGGACUCGUUCGACUGUUGCAAGUACCCGCGACAGGAAGUUGAGCGUGGGUUCAGGUUCUGGGAUGUGUGCUUGACCGCGAUGCGCCAGCUUCACUCGGAGUCGAACGUGCACCGGGAGGUGAUCGAUCAGUUCGAGGCGGCGGAGGCGUGGCUGGCGCCCAUGCGCCCGUGAGCGGGGGAAGGCCCCGUGAGGCCAUUACGACGAUCCCAUCCGCCGCCACCCGCUCGAUUAUUACUGAGACUUGAUAGCGAGUUCUUGGGAAUGUAUGUUUUGACGCGUGUUUCUCAUGCGCU